AUGCUAUUUGGGUCGAAGCUAAAAAAUGACGUCUAUCCACCUUGGAAGGAAUCAUAUAUUGAUUAUGAUUUUUUAAAAUCUCUAUUAAAAGAGCCUGUCGAUACUAAUAGAGUGUCUGGUGACAAUGUAUCCUGGACCAAUGAUGAUGAAUCGAGAUUUGUGGAAGCGUUAGAUGGCCAAUUAGAGAAAGUUUAUACUUUCCAAUCAGAAAGAUACAAUAGUCUAAUGGAAAAAUUGAAUCGUUUAGAAGAUCAAUCUUCUACCGAGGAGAAAAUCAAGAAUUUGGAUUUCGAGACUUUUCAAGCCAUCUUAGAAGAUACUUUGGCUGAAACUAAGGAAUUGGAUAAUUUCUCUCGUUUGAAUUAUACUGGGUUUGUUAAGAUUGUUAAGAAACAUGAUAAGGUCCAUCCACAAUUUCCAUCGGUAAAAGCGUUAUUGAAAGUUAGGCUACAGGAAUUACCAUUCCAUUCUGAAGGAUAUUCACCCUUAUUAUACCAAAUCUCUUAUCUGUAUAAUAUCUUUAGAAGUAACUCUACCGUGACUUCUGAAUCAAUGGUCAAUGGCUCAAAAUUGUCAAGUGUGGCUAGAAGUAAUAGCGCCAAUUUAAAUUUUAAAAGCUUCAAGUUUUGGGUUCAUAGAGAUAAUCUGAUGGAAGUAAAGACGAGAAUUUUAAGACAUUUACCAGUUUUAGUUUAUGCUGCUGCUCCAACUGAAAAUGAUAAUGAUGCUGACAAUAUUAUUGAGAGUCGAUUCGAAUCUAAUACUUUUGAUUCACCAUCUUUAGAUUCUAGUAAUGAUCCUGAUAAUGCAAUUGUCUCUACUAAAUCAAUGGACCCCUUCAUCACUUCUUUAUAUUUCGAUAAUGAAGACUUCACUCUAUAUAACGAUAAGUUAUUGAAGACUCAUGAAGCACCAACUCUAAGAAUCAGAUGGAAUGGCAAAUUGGUCGAUAACAAAAAUGUUUUUAUGGAAAAGAGAAUGUUAGUUCAAAGUGAUGAUACUAGUACUGGUUCCAAUACCAAUGACCUUUCAUCUUUUAUUGAAGAUUUCCAAGAGACAAGAAUUCGUAUUGAGCCUAAAUAUUUAAAUGGGUUUAUAUUUAAUGGUGAUGAAAAAUAUAAAGAAAAAGUGCUCAAGAAAUUAAAAGAAAGUGGUACUAUGGAUAGUGAACUGAAUAAGAUCGGUAAAGAUUUCGAUGUUUUGAAAAUUUUUAUUAUUCAGGAAAACUUGCAGCCUAUUUUUAGAACUAUUUUUACUAGAACAGCUUUCCAAAUCCCAGGUGAUGAUAGAAUUAGAAUUACUAUUGAUUCAGACAUUGUUUAUAUAAGAGAAGAUUGUUUCGAUAAAAACAGACCUAUUAGAGACCCAAAGGUCUGGCAUAGAAACGACAUCGAUUCCAACGUUAAGGAUCCUUUAAAACUACUAAGAAAAGGUGAAUACGUUAAAUUUCCAUACUCUGUAAUGGAAAUCAAAAUUAAAAAUAAUGAGUCGCCUUCCAUGAUCAAUACUAUUUUCAACAAUAAUGCUAAUAAGAUGUCAAAUACAAAGCUACCAAGAAAGCAUGGUCAAUGGAUUACAGAAUUAACAAAUUCUCAUCUUGUAAAAGAGGUUCCUAAAUUUUCUAAAUAUAUUCAAGGGGUUGCAUCUCUUUAUAGUGACGAUGAUAAACUAGAUUCAUUACCAUUUUGGUUACCAGAAUUAGAAUCUGAUAUCAAGAUUAAUCCAAAAGACGCUUAUUAUCAAGAAGAACAAAAGAAAAAGAAACAACAAGAAGUUCAAAAAAAAUUAGAUAAUAUGAGAAGAUUAUCAAACGUAAGUAAAUCAAAGCCAGUAGGAAACGGCGUCACCAAUUACAACACUAGUGAAAAUAUCAAUAAUAUGGAAGGUAUCCCUGAGGGUGAGGCUGAUCUUGAGGAUCACGAUUCUUCAGAUGAUGAUACAGAAAAUAAUCCAAAUAGAGGGCCAUCUUCAAAUACGACUACUAUUAAUAAUAGAAAAAAAUCAAAGAAAAAUGUUAAAAAGAAAGACCCUACAUUUUUAAAUAUCUUGACAGGAAGAGAUUCCAAAUUAGUAGGAUACGAUUCUGAGGAAGAAGAGAUUGAAUUACCACCUGGUGUUAUCGAGCCAACAAGUUAUAUCAAAAAUGCAGGUCCAGUUAAGGUUGAAGCUAAAGUUUGGUUAGCAAAUGAACGUACUUUCAACAGAUGGCUACGAGUUUGUACCUUAUUGAGUGUUCUAACCUUCUCAAUUUAUAAUUCAGUAAAAAAAUCCGAAUUUCCAAAGCUUGCUAAUCUUUUGGCCUACAUUUAUUUUUCAUUGACCCUAUUUUGUGGUCUUUGGUCAUAUAAAAUCUAUUUGAAAAGAUUAAGUAUCAUAAAACAGAGGAGUGGUGAGCACCUGGAUGCCCCCCUAGGACCUAUGCUUGUCGCAGGUGUGCUAUUUAUGUCCUUAAUUAUUAAUUUUGUGGUAGCAUUUAGAGUAGCAGCAAAGAAAAGACUAAUUGUAAACACUUUAGAAAAUACUGGAGAUAUUGAUAUGCCAUUACCUGAAAAUUUACAGGCUAUUGAAUCAUUCGUCCUAAAAGUCCUGGGUAUAUAG